AUGCGGAGCAGUGGAGCGGGGAAUGAGGGCAGUGGAAUGGGGAAUGGGAGCUGUGGAGUGGGGAAUGAGAGCAGUGGAAUGGGGAAGGCAGUGGAGCGGGGAAUGAGGGCAGUGGAGUGGGGAAUGAGGGCAGUGGAGUGGGGAAUGAGGGCAGUGGAGUGGGGAAGGCAGUGGAAUGGAGAAUGGGAGCUGUGGAGUGUGGAGUGGGAACCGCGUUUCGCCUGGUUCGUUUCGUUUCGCCAGGGUGUUGAGUCCCCCUUCUUUCCUUCCUCCCCUUCUUUCUCUCCCGCUUCCCCCCCACCCAACCUUCUUCCGGUCCUCUUCCCCGUCUUCUCUCCCCCCCCCACCCUCCUCUCUCCCCGACCUCCUCACUCCCCCGCCUCCUCUCUCCCCCGCCGCCUCUCCCCCGCCUCCUUUCUCUCGCCUUCUCUCCCCCGCCUCCUCUCUCCCGCCACCUCCGCCACCUCUCUCUCGCCUUCUCUUCCCCGCCUCCUCGCGCCCGCCUCUCCCCCGCCUUCUCUCUCCACAGACGUACUCAACUACCGCGGGCUCGUCUGGCGCCUCCUGGACCAAUGGCCGUCCUCGGCGCGUCCACGUCAGCAAUCGCCUGACCUAACGGCGAUAUCGUCAUCUUCCGCGUCUCUGUUCGCUUCGGGGAAUGAGACGUGGGGGGAGACUUCCGAGACGUCUCAAGGUUCCGCGAAUGCGACGUGGGAUUCCUAUGAACCAUCUCAAGAUGCGGCUCGUACAACAUGGGCGACGCGGGACGGUUCGGAAAUGACGAUGGGGGAGUCAACCGGCGGCGAACACGCUACGACGUCGGAUGCGGAGGGAGCGGCAUCGGGCCGCGCCGAAGCCGCUGCUGUUGGGAUGAGCCAUGGGUGGAGGAAAUGGAGGGGACACGUGGUGCGCGAGGAGAGGCCGUUGGGGCAGCGCAGGCAGAUGGCUGAUUCGUGGCUGGAUGGUCCCUGCUCCGACUACGUAAAAGCGCCCGUCAUCAGUAUAUCUUCUCUCGCGGAUUUCAACAAGCGACUGGACUACGGUCCCGUUACAACGGUCAUCCUCGAACUACAGAGAAACCUCGUUAUAAGCAAGGGAAUCCUCUUCGACAGCAAGUUCUCCUGCACGAUUCUGCGAUCCGCGAAGACCGCCGCGAACCCGUUUCAAAUCACACACAUGGGAGCUAAUGAACCGGUGCUGCGUAUAUGGAACACAAGCAACGUGCUUGUAUUGAAGGUCGAUUUUAGGCUCAGCGUUCGCUCCUCCUCCCCAACCUGCACGACUGUUCCCGAAAUUACGGCCAAGGCGCAGUGCCCGACGAUUUCCGUUAUCCGUUCGUACGGAAUUCAAAUCGCGAAGGGGAGUGUUUUCGGGAGAAUCGAUCUACACCGCUCGGCGUCGUCUCGAGUGGACUCCAUGCGUGUAACGGGGAUUCCGACAUUCAACCAGUCGCCUGGCGUGAUUCAAGUGACGUACAGUGGCCACGGGCCUACACUCGCGAAAUCCUUCAUUGCUAUAACAAACAAUGAAGUGUAUGGCGUGAACACGCCCAUUGUCGUCCACAGGGGAUCCGUCGGCGUUAUCGUGAGAAACAACUACGUGCACGACUUCAUAUUCGCGGGUAUCCGCUGCGGAUCCGACGUGCAUUUCGCGGGCGACUGCAUGCUCACGCAGAUCGACCGCAACCUGGUGGUUGCAUCGGGAAGAAACAGAUCAGGAGACCAGGAUGCAGCGGGGAUUUACUACUGCGUCCACUGGUUCAGCCCUGACAACACAGCAGAGUGUAACUACGUGUUCAACGGGGACCACUGUUACUACCUCGAUUUCGUGACAUCUGGAGUGGCGAUCAAGGGAGGUGCCUGCAUCAACACAUACGAUGGCAUCAAAGUCAACAAUGGAAAAUGGAACAGGGCAGAGGAUGUGAUUAUAAAGAAGGUUACGGGGUCCCCGGGGUGGAGUGCGUGUCUGACUCCUCUGGUGCUCAACUGCAACAAGAACCCCGGCACGUACUGGGAGCUCAUGAGGAAACAAUACUACGAUACGCCAGUCUUUAAAGAGGUAAUGAUGAUCAAUAGCCUGGGUCACAUUGAGGCACGUACUGGGAGCUGA